UCGCACACAUUAGGCUAUUUCUGUUUAUAGUCAGUUGUGAUUUUAUUAAGUAGCAUAUGCUGCACUGCUGUCAUUAUUUAAAUGCUUAAAGAAAUGCGUAAAGGGGUGGACAGAUUUAACUCAGUGUUUUGAUGGGUCUGUUGCGCUGUUACAGUAAGAGCAGUAGUAAAGGUGUAGUCACUUUCUCAGUGACUGUCAGCGUGAGGCCCCGCCCUUCAGCGAUGAUACACAUAUAUCCAGGAGCUCCGGGAACAGAGCGAAGCGAAACGGGACAUUACUACCGAAAGCGCACGUAGCUACAUACAUGCACGGUGGGAGUCAUUCCAUGCACCAAACACUCAGCUCCUCUUCCUCAACGUCUAUCCAAACACAUCUCGCGGACCCUCUCUCCGUCACAUCCACGGCUUUAUGGCCGCUACGCUUCUUACGAUGAGCGCUGCGCUCGCACCGGGACAAGAUGACUUUCUCUCGUUUCUCAAACCCUCACUAUCCGACGGCUUUCAGGAGGACUCCUCACUGUUUUCUUUUGAAACCAAGAAUCCCGACACGGAAAGGACCUUACCAAACGACUAUUCUCAGGCUAAACUAGAGAUGGAUAAAUAUCUGUCUCCACAACCUGUGGCUCUCCCCGACCCAAAAAAGUCAAGACGAGAGAGCGUUUCUGCAAUGGACCAGUUUUUCGGGGACGACCACAGUUCCCCUUACAGCAUCAACAUGAAUGUCUUCCUCCCUGACAUUGCUUAUUUAAGAACAGGGAUGUGCCGGCCAGCUCGGCCUUCGGUCCCCAGCCAGAUCAAAACUGAACCUGUAGCGGCACCUUUCUCUCAUCCCGAGUGCCCGGUGAGCUCAACCAGCCCCAUUUCAUCUGCUCUGCCCAAUUUCACCAGCAUUUUUAACUCCAACUCCACUUCGGGGUCUGAAAUCAAUGGCAUGGACGAUAACUCAGGGGUUUUUAUCAAGCAGGAGAUGCAAGGCUUUGACAUCACACAGGACGGGCCACUUUUCCAGCUUCUCAGCUCAGAGCUGGACGUCCCGCAUCAAGCCGACUCACACUCCCACCCUCACACGCACUCUGUGCCCUCACAGAUGCCUACUUUCCAUGACCUGCACUUAGCGUCCCAACAGACUGCUGCCAAGACGUACUGUGGCAUGUCUGGUUACCCUCUCGGCCCGGGCCACUUUAUGCAUCCUCAGGGUCAGGCCCACUCGCAGCUCAAAAUGCCCUAUCUUCCCCCCUCGCCUCCCUCUUCAGAACCUGGCAGUCCUGACAGACAGAAGGAAAUUCUUCACAAUCUGACACCACCACCAUCUUACGCCGCCACCAUCGCCUCCAAAAUGGCUGUCCAUGCGCCCAGUCACCCAACACCUGCCUCGACACGAGCUCCAGCCACCACUGGGUCCAUGCCUGUCCGUUACAACCGAAGAACAAACCCAGACCUCGAGAAAAGACGGAUACACCACUGUGAUUUUCCAGGUUGUAAGAAAGUUUACACCAAGUCAUCCCACCUGAAAGCUCACUUGAGGACACACACUGGUGAGAAGCCGUAUAGGUGCACGUGGGAGGGCUGCGACUGGCGGUUCGCUCGUUCCGAUGAGCUGACGCGUCACUUCAGGAAACACACGGGAGCCAAACCCUUCCAGUGCGCCGUGUGCAGCCGUAGCUUCUCUCGCUCUGAUCAUCUCGCCCUGCAUAUGAAGAGGCACCAGAACUAGACAUUAAAACACACUAACUGAAAAAUCCACACAUACAUAUUGUUAUUAUUAUGCACUUGAAGUGAUAACAAAAUGACUUGUAUCUUUCUCUACACCUCGACGAACCUUAUAAUGUUUAGGGUAAUCUUCUGUCUCUGACCUGUCGAGAGCUGUCGACUGUAAACUGAAAAGCUUUUGAUAUUACCACAAAAUCUAGUUUCCUUUUUCCUCUCUAUUUAGGAUGUAUAGAACACAUUUCCGUUAGGACCCUCAUCUCAUUUCGACAUUCUCUUUAAUACAGAUAAGCUGCGUUUUACAUGAGAUUCGGCUCUCGUCCUCUAAUUGGGAGAUAAGAUGUUUUUAAACCUUAUAAAGUUACUGGAUUUCGCCUUGUAUUCUGCAAAGCACUAAGACAGAACUCCCCUUUUUACUUUGCACUUGAAUUUGACUGGAAAAGAUGAAUAUCUCUGUAUGAUAAAUGCUUUUAAUAUAUAUCACUGGAAUAGUUACUGCUCAUAUACCGGGGUUUCAGGUACACAAGCAAUUCCCUCUUUUUAGUUGAAGUGUUUUAUAGCUUUGGAUGAUAAUGUGCUGCUACUGAACAGCAAUUAUUUCAUGAAUUAUUAAGCAAUGGUAUAGAAAAAGCACUGAGAAGUGGAAAAGGGCUUUAGACAGCUGUGUGAUUUGUACGGUCUCCUUUAUACACACAGAAGCAUGCCGACCAUUGGUUUUCCUACUGUCAUUGAUGCAUAAGCUUAUGAAUGUACGAGACCACAGUGACUGUUCUUUUGAACACAUUUCAUCUUAAAGUGCCUUUUCAUGUUUGUUUUGAUUAGCAGCACAUGCUUAAACUUCUUGUUCAUGAAAAGACAAUAAAAAUUCAGCAGCAUAUCAUUAUUUCACCAUUACUGCAAUUUGGCUGCCUUUCAUACGUUUAGGAGAGGGUUAAAGCAUCAACUGGUUCUUUCUUGUAAAACCGAUGUACUUAUUGCAUUGGCUUUGUGAAGUGGAAUUUGAUAAGUUUUGUGUAAUUGAAAUGCCUUAAUGUAAAUACUAUGACAUUUUAUUGUACUGUAAAUAUUAUUUUGAUUCAUUUUGUUGCUCAGUUCUGUUUUUUUUUUUUUUUUUGGAAAAGGAUCAUAAUGCUUUGGAUUUUGGCUGUGUGACUAUUUGUGUUUUUGG